CAUGUAGUCGGUAACGCGUUUUAAAAAUGAGAGUCCUUCACAGUUUUAAAAAAGAUGUAAAAGACAAAAAUGAAUUAUCCUCCAAUAUCUAAUUUCUUUAGUGUAAUAUGAAGUAUGCGUAGGUUUGAGCAUGGGAAUUUUCCAGGAAGAAGACUGGCUAUAAAUAUGUAGAUCUACAAGUGUUAUGUAACCUGAAGUAAAGGUGAUCCUUGAAAGAUGGAUGAAAACUCAGAAAAGACCCGGAUUGUAGAGGUGUUGAGGUUAUUAUUCAGGUCAUCAGAAGAGGAGGUUAUAACCAAGCUUACAAACAACCUUGACCUGUUGGAUGUACAGUUUGGAUAUGAAUAUCUAUCAGAUUUACCGUGUGUAUGUAUGAAGAUGUUAGAACAAGUCAAACAUAAUGGGCAUAUAUUUCAUCCAGAAAAAGUCGUGGAAUUCAUACUUCACGGAAAAUGUAGUCAUGUGACAAACCAAAGUAAUCCCAGAUUUAUUCGUCAAGCAAGGACAACAUUCCUUAUCGUAUCUUGUAUUUUACAAAAAUUUGACAUCAUUAAAUUUUUAACAGACAAUGGUGUAUCAUUAAAUCAGAAGACUGGAUCUAUGAGUCUAAAUCCGCUUCAUGCCGCUAUUUUAAGUAAAAACUUGAACAUUUUCAAUUUUAUCGUUUCGUCAGGCGUUGAUGUCAAUGCUACCUGUACUCCAUGUACGAAUAAAGUUUCUAGUCUAAUGUUAGCUGUGUUAGAAGGUGCUGAAGAUAUGGUGGAAAUUCUACUUGAUCAUUCCAAUAUAAACAAAUCUUACAUUAACACUCAGAGUAAAACAGCUUUGUGUUGUGCUGCGGAAAUUAACUCAGUACUACUUGUUGAUAAGUUGAUUAAAGCAGGACUAAAAGCUACUAACAUGACAAUAUGUAAAGCUGUUCAAACAAAUAAUGCUGAGUUGUUACAACUAGUGGUCAGUUCUAGAAGAUACUUUGUUCCACAGUUUCAAACAUAUGCUUUACAUACUGCUGUCAAACUAAGUAACAAAAAGAUGCUGAAGCUUCUACUUGAUAGAGGCUUUCAUUUCAAUCAUGGGACAGACAAACUAUAUGAUCAGGAAUCUUUACAUUUAGCUGUCCUAAGAAACGAUGAAGAUAUGGUUAAAAUUCUGCUGAAUCAUCAAAUAAAACUUGACAAUGAACUAAACGGCUAUACAGCUUUGGAUUGGGCAGAAUUGAUGGAUUAUGAUGGUAUUAUUGAAAUGAUCAAAAACGAAUAUAGACUGAGAUGUAUAAAGCCACAAGAUAAGAAAGACAGGAAGUGUAUUAUUGAUGCACUCUUUGAAAGAGAUGGAAUAAAUCGAUCUGGUGUUAUCAGAAAAAUGGUGUCAAAAGGGUUUGAUAUCAACAGUCACAGUAAUGAAGGUCUGACAAUGCUGCAUGAAGCUGUAUUUGAUCAUGAUUCUGAUUCUCUGAAGGUGCUCCUAGAACUAGGAGCAAAUCCAGAUAUAAAUUCUACAUCUUUACCAAUAAGAACACCAUUGUAUGAUGCUGUUUCAAACGGAAACAUCAUGGCAGCAAGAUUACUUUUAGAUGCUAAUGCCUCUAUGGAUUUUAUAGUAAAAUAUGAAGAGAAUGUUAUAGGAAAUGACAUUAAUGACGAUGAUAAUGGCUACAUAGUACCUCCAGAAGAACUCCCGUUAGAACGAUCUGUGUUAUGUGCUGCAAUCUGCAGAAAUUUAACUGACAUGGUCUGGUUGUUGUUAUCUUCAGGGUAUAAUAUACAGCAAGAGAAAAAGACAUCUUUACAGUGGAUGAUUGAGAAAAGUAAAAGUGAUAAUAUUCGACAAUGGUUAUCAUGUAAUGUAGAAAGUCCUCAAAAUCUCUUGAUCUGUUGUAGAGACUUUAUUAGAAAACUCUACAAAUAUGAUUUGAAAUUGUUUGUUGAAAAUCAGUGUAUACCACAGCAUUUAAAAGACAAACUUUUGUUAAAGGAUAUAUUGUUUAGAGAUGUAAGAAGCACACAGAGAUUUUGCCACUGGAAAAAUAUUUAUUAAGGUUUAACAUGUACACAUGAUCAGGGACAAAAAGGUCCAUUUGUAUUAGAUGUAUAAACUCUUGCUUCAGUACCUUUUUUUAAAAGAUCAGUUUGUAUUCAGAGCUUCCACUUCAGUCUUCACUAUUCAGUAUUAUAACAGCUUUUAAAGAAGAUUAUAAUUUUAGACAAUCAAAGUUUAUAGAAAUAAUUGUUUCCUAUUUUUGUUCUUUUAAAUGUCCUUUAAUCAUGUUAAUAUGGCAGGUGAAUUUAGGUUUACAAUUAAAUUUUGUUUUUGUGUUUACUUGAAAGUUUCUUUCACAGAGACCAGUAUUGUCACACCACUAAUAUUUAACCGCUAAACUCUUUAUCUGUUGAAAUUCUUAUCAACCUAGUCCUAAGAUGAUAUUUUUAGUAUAUUUCCAUUUUAAGGUUGAUUUCAAUAGACUAUUUUCACAAUGUUAAGGAGUUUGUGUUCCAUAAAUUACUUUAAAUCAUUGUUUGAUAUUUACUGGUACUUGGAAUUUCUUAAAAUAACAUGCCAGAUGUUUCAAGUGAACUGUUUACUUAUCCCUAACCCCAAUUGAGAUUUUGUUGUUUUACAUAAAGAAUUCUUUCAAUAUCGACCAGUACUGAAAUCAUGAAGUUAAGUAUUUUUUUUUCUAAUUUUUUAAUAUGUUUCAGUUCAUUUAUCUAAAAUGGGCCUAUUGCAUUUAUAACUCAAACACCAAACUUGUAAUAGUGCUCAUAAAGAAGGCGCAAUCAAAAUGGUAAUAUAAAUAAGGAUUCAUUAUGACCUAAUUUGAUCUUAGUAUAUAGGAGUUGCAAUGUUUAAAUUCCUGUUGAAACCAUCAGAUGUAGCAUUUAUGCUGAAAAAAAAAAUACACCAGGUAUUUAUUCAUAACUUUUUAGAACAUGCAUUUAUGUCAGGUAUUCGUAUAUAUCCUUUCAUAUACUGGUAACUAUUUUUAAUGACAUUGUUUACAUACAAUAUGUUUUGUUUAAUCUUUUGUUAUUUUUUUAAUACCAUACAUGUAUUUUCUUUUACAUGAUUUUAUAGUUAUCUAGAAUGAAGUUUUUGAAUUUCUUAUUAUAUGAUCUUUACAUGUGUGUCUUUUCUGAUUUUUUGCCAUCUCUGUCUCACCUUAACAAAGUCACAAAGGCAAUGCUGAGAUGUUUUAUUUCCAGCAGCAUCAACACAUUGGUACAGAUACUGUCAAUUCAGAAUUUUUUGUGUACUUUUAUUUUUGUAAAUUUCAAAGAAGUGAUAAAGAUGUGAGAUGGCUUAUUGUGGUUUAAGAAUUAAAAUACUUUGCAUACAAAUAGUGCUAGCAAAUUUUAAAAUGAGAGUUUUUAUUACCGGCCACCUAUUGAGUUUCCUAUUCUGACACAAUUUUUCUGGAUUUACAGUGCUUAUCAUGCCUUCAUUUAAUUUUUGUAUUUUUUUGCUUUGCAUAAUACCUUUUUAUUUUUACUCUAUCAGUGUACUGAUUAAUAUUGAUUAAUGUUUUGUGUGAUACUGGUGAAAGUAUUUGUUAUUUUGAUAUGACUUUUUGUUUUCUAUUUUGA